ACCGAGAGAUUUGUAACGCGACCUUCAGCAUCUUGUUUUGGUGUUUUUGUUUUCCUGCUAGUCAGUUGUUUAGAAGUGGACCACGUGACCAAAGCAGGAUGCGGGUGUUUGUGACCCCCCAAACGCCUCUCGCGCUCAGAUAAAUGACAUGUUUGAAGAUUUUUACUGAAAUGUAAAGCCCUGUUUGAACCGGACCAGGCUUUAGACCAGGUUAAGAGAGGAGGCAGAAGUGAAGAGGAAUGGGGAUGAGGGUGUGGGGAUGACCAAGUCAUGCACAAAUGUAAUACAUGUUUGGUUUCUCACUGGAGUGUGACUGGGUUUAAUUCCUUAGUACCACUCUCUCUUGCUCUCUUGUUCUCUUUCUCUCAUGCUUUCUUUCUUUUCCCCACUUUUUUUUUCUCUCUCGCUUGCUCUCACGCUUUUUUGCUCAUGCUUUCUCUCUCUCUCGUGCACUUUCUCUUUUUUGCUCUCUUUCUUUCUUUCUCCCUUGUGCUCUCUUUUUCACUCUCUUGCUCACUCUCUCUUAGUCUCUCUCACUCUUGCUCUCACGCUUUUUCUCUUAUGCUCUCUUUUUUUUUGCUGUCUCUCUCAUGCUCUCUCUCGCUCACUCUCUUAGUCUCUCUCGCUCUCCUCUCUCGCACUUUCUCUCACUCUUGCUCUCCCGCUUUCUCUCUCACACACGCUUUCUCUCUUGUAUUCUCUCACUUUCUCGCUCUUGCACUUUCUCUCUCUCAUUUUCUCUCUCUCUCUCUGGUCUUUUCCAAAAAGUUGAUUUCUUCUCAUCUUUCUCUCCACACCUCCCUUGUUCUCUGUCCAUCAUUGACCUUUUUCCCUGAACGUGCUCUGUCUCUUUCUGUCUCUCUCCCUUUUCCCUGCCUCACUUUUUUCCUCUCUGUCUACCUGUUUCUCUCUCACCACCUCUGUCUUACCACCUCUCUCUCUCUCUCUCUCUCUCUCUCUCUCUCUCUCUCUCUCUCUCUCUCUCAUUUGCUCUCUCGCUCUUAUUUUUCAGUCUGUUGUUGAUCCUGACUUUCCUGUCCAUCCAUUAUCACCAUUUCUGUCUGUCCUCUGAUCUUUUCUGUCCGUCCUCUUUCUUUCUGUCUUCUUCUGUUUAUCUUCGAAUAAUCUUUCCUCAGCCUCUCUCUCUCUCUCUCUCUGCUGCCCAACCCAUCCUUUCUAAUUCGUUUUCUUUCUUUCUAUCAUAGUCGUCUGUCUUUUCCUAACACAUAUAUCUCUUGAUCGUUAUCCGAAACUCAUAAAUACAGUCUUUUUCCUCUGUCCAAAAGUGUAGGUUCUUAGACUCCUGUCGCUGUUCAGGUCAGUGACUCCACGAAACUUUACGAUGUAAUAUAAAAACCAUCGGCGGUGUUUGUUUUUCCGACACUUCGUAAAACUGGCAUCUGUCACAAGGAUCGAGUCCUCGUGUGGACUUAGUUUGCUUUAAAAUAAAAAGAUGUUUAUCAGUCUGGCUGAAGAUUUCCGUCACGCUUACCAAUGGACCGCAAGUGUGUGAGCGUCUGAUCCAUGCUUGAUCUCAUGGCUCCUCUCUCGCCCUGACGUCUUGGUUUAGCCAGGAUCCAAAAUGAGCAUAAGCAGCGAUGAGGUCAACUUCCUCGUGUACAGAUACCUACAGGAGUCGGGAUUCUCUCACUCAGCGUUCACGUUUGGCAUAGAGAGCCACAUCAGCCAGUCGAACAUCAACGGCGCGCUCGUUCCCCCCGCAGCGCUCAUCUCCAUCAUCCAGAAGGGCCUGCAGUACGUCGAGGCCGAGGUCAGCAUCAACGAGGAUGGCACUCUCUUCGACGGCCGCCCGAUCGAGUCUCUGUCGCUGAUCGACGCCGUGAUGCCCGACGUGGUGCAGACGCGUCAGCAGGUGUACCGCGAUAAGAUGGCGCAGCAGCAGCAGGCCGCACCGGGGACAGCGGGAAGCACCGGUGCCAAGAACGGAGAGAGUGCCGCAAACGGAGAGGAGAACGGCGCGCACGUCUUAUCUAACCACCACGCAGACAUGAUGGAGGUGGACCGGGCGGUGGAGAUCCCGGCCCAUAAGGCCAUGGUGCUGCGCGGACACGAGUCCGAGGUGUUCAUUUGCGCCUGGAAUCCGGUCAGCGACCUGCUUGCAUCAGGGUCUGGGGACUCGACGGCAAGGAUCUGGAACCUGAGUGAAAGCAGCUCAGGAGGCUCCACCCAGCUGGUGCUGCGCCACUGCAUCCGAGAAGGAGGCCAGGACGUGCCGAGCAACAAAGACGUCACCUCACUGGACUGGAAUAGUGAAGGUACGCUGCUAGCCACCGGCUCCUACGACGGUUUUGCCAGAAUAUGGACUAAAGAUGGUAACCUUGCCAGUACUUUAGGCCAGCACAAGGGACCCAUAUUUGCUCUGAAGUGGAACAAGAAAGGCAACUUUAUCCUCAGCGCCGGUGUCGAUAAGACCACAAUUAUUUGGGAUGCACACACUGGAGAGGCCAAGCAGCAGUUUCCAUUCCAUUCAGCUCCAGCUCUUGACGUGGACUGGCAGAGCAAUAACACGUUCGCCUCCUGCAGCACAGACAUGUGCAUCCACGUGUGUAAACUGGGCCAGGACCGACCGGUCAAGACAUUCCAGGGUCACACGAACGAAGUAAACGCGAUUAAGUGGGAUCCAACCGGCAGCCUCCUGGCCUCCUGCUCCGACGACAUGACGCUAAAGCUUUGGAGUAUGAAGCAGGACACUUGCGUUCACGACCUGCAAGCCCACAACAAAGAGAUUUACACCAUCAAAUGGAGUCCCACUGGACCCGGAACCAACAACCCCAACGCCAAUCUCAUGCUGGCCAGCGCAUCGUUUGACUCAACGGUGCGACUAUGGGAUGCCGAACGUGGCGUAUGUGUGCAUACGCUAACGCGGCACCAGGAGCCCGUCUACAGCGUCGCAUUCAGCCCCGACGGCCGUCACCUCGCCAGUGGCUCCUUCGACAAAUGCGUGCACAUCUGGAAUACACAGAGCGGCGCCCUAGUAAACAGCUACAGAGGGACAGGAGGGAUCUUCGAGGUGUGCUGGAACUCCACCGGAGACAAAGUGGGAGCAAGCGCAUCAGACGGAUCGGUUUGUGUAUUAGACCUGCGGAAAUGACUCUGCUGAGGGGAAGCCGUGCGUCAACGAAGAAUGUGCACCUCGCCAAAUUCACAGCCUCUCCACGUGAACUGUUCUGUAUUCCCACACGGACUAAUAACUAAUCAUCCACGCACCAAAAUAUCAUUAUUAUAUUCACGUCCCUUUGUCCACCAUUCCAAAAUUCAGGAUGCAACAGAUUUACAGCCUGUGAUGUGAGCACCAGAAAGCGUCCCCUGAUAACCCUGAACCUGAAGCAGUUAGAAAUGUUUAUUUUUUGGGAGGCAUCUGACCUCCGUAUAAAUUGAUCUAUCUACCGACUUAGUUUAUUGAACGGCUAAUUGUUUAUACAGACUAUGCAACGUUCUGGCUAGACGAAAAUCAUGCGGAUUGAUGCGGUUACAGUUCGAUGAUAUUUUCCACCUGCAGCCAAAAUUACGGGCAUACACAAAAAAGUGGACCGUCGGUUACUAAUAAAACUUUUAUGACAUAUAAUGGAAUUAAAGCUAACGUCCAGUACGAUUUUUGUUUUUUGUUAUCCUUAGCUAGCUGUAACCGUAAACACAGUUCUGAUUUCGUAGCUGCUUCCGAAAAAGUUUCCGAAAGCCCUCAUGAAAACGAAAUCUCGAUUAGGGGUUACGUAUUUUACAAAUUCUGCAUAAAGGAUCUAAAUCCUGUUUUGAAAGUCUGAGGCUUUUCAAGUCAAACUUCGUGACUAAAGUACAACUCCAGGCUCUGAUGAUGACGUGGAAUUUGCGUGUGUGCGUUGAAUUUUUACUUUUUAUUCCCCUCCAAUCCAGCUGAAAAGUUCUUAUUCAGCACGCCAUCCGCUCGUGCGUUUCUGUAUAAAAUACCAUUAGACAGUCAUAGUCGUGCCCCCAACACACCCCCAAGAGGCAGAAGACGUUUCUUUCCUGCACUUUAGGUAGACGCAACGCAAAGAAAUACGUCGAGCACUUAAUUCUGGAUACUUCUGACGAAAAUAUCACUCGUGUAUUGACUUGAACGUUAACUAGGUUCUCUAGGAUGCUUGUUUCCAAGUUGUAUGGCAUCCCAAGUAUUUUUUUUUUAUUUUUUUGUAGUAUCGCCUACUAUGACUUCACAUUAUUUUGUAAAAUCAUAAUUUGCUGAUUUUUUUUUUUUUUUUUUGUCCAGAAUGUCGCAAAAAUUUUGUAAAGAGAUGAGUAUUUUGAUGCUUGCUUGAACUAAUCAAUACUACAUAGAUUGUACCAUAAAGACGCCUAUUUAUUAUAUUGUCUAUGACAGUGGAAUGGUAUUUUAUAACGUUUUCCGUUUUAAAGACGCUUUUUAUGGCGAUUCUUGCGGUCUUGGCAUUCGCCUCACCGUGUCUUUUUGUACUCUUUUUGGAAUCCUUUUGUAAUUCUGCUUUAUUUGUAGUCAUCUGUUUGUUUGUUUGUUUAUAUAUAUAUAUAUAUAUAUAUAUAUAUAUAUAUAUAUAUAUAUAUAUAUAUAUAUAUAUAUAUAUAUAUAUAUAUAUAUAUAUAUAUAAAAUAUUAAAAUGAAUAAAUAAGUUCAUAUUUAAACACAGGCAUAUCGUAAACAUCGUGGACCAUGUAAAUAAAUACCUGUUCAGCCUGCCCCACCUUCACUUUGUUUAAGUUUUGACUUACAAUAAUCCCUCCCCAGGUUUUCUCUUGCUCAGUUUCUUGCAAAGUUGAUUUGACUUAUUUGUUGGUGAUUUUUUUUUUUUUUUUUUCUUUCCCCUUUUUGGAGUCAAAUCAAAUGGAAAAAAGUCCAGAAUAAAAUAUAUUUUGAUAAUA